AAUCGAUAUACAUUCGCCCAGCAGCGACCGAAACGUAAUCCAACCGAGCUGCGUAACCAACUUUCUACCCUUGCAUUUAACACUCUAGGCUACAAUUCUCAAACAAAAUGGCUGAAUAUCUCGCCUCUAUUUUCGGAACAGAAAAAGACAAAGUGAACUGUUCUUUUUAUUUUAAAAUUGGAGCUUGCAGACAUGGUGAUAGAUGUUCUCGCUUACACAAUCGACCAACAUUUAGUCAGACCAUUUUGCUGCAGAACUUGUACUUGAAUCCACAGAAUGCAGCACUUACUGCUGAUGGUUCACACAUUAUGGUGGAUGAUGUCGAAGCACAACAAGAAUAUGAUGCUUUCUUUGAAGAAGUUUUUACUGAAUUGGAGGAUAAGUAUGGAGAAAUUGAAGAGAUGAAUGUCUGUGACAACCUGGGUGACCACCUUGUUGGAAAUGUCUACGUCAAGUUUCGCAGAGAAGAAGAUGCUGAGAAAGCAGUGGCUGAACUAAACAACCGUUGGUUUAACGGCAGACCAAUCCACUGUGAGUUGUCUCCAGUGACAGACUUCAGAGAGGCGUGUUGUCGUCAGUAUGAAAUGGGGGAAUGUACUAGAGGUGGUUUCUGCAACUUCAUGCAUCUGAAGCCAAUAUCAAGAGAAUUAAGAAGGGAACUUUAUGGAAGAGGCCGCAGACGAAGUAGUAAGAAAUCUAGAUCAAGAUCACCUCCAACAAGCAACAGUCGUCGUAGAUCUCGCUCUCGUAGCCGGGAUCGUCGAGAUAGGAGACGAUCUCGAUCACGGGACAGACACGGACGAUUUUAAUCAAAUAAAAACAGAGUUGAUUGAAAAUUGUACUUUUGGUAAUUUUAAAUUGUUUUGGUUUGGUUUUUAAAUUUAGAAAUUUAAAAAUGAGUAAAAUGUACAAAGCAUCUAAUGCAGAGGUGAAUGUUUCUUAUUGAUCUAUUAUACAUUAGUAAAAUAUUUUUUUAUUUUUAUUAUUGUAUAAUUGUUACUUAAAACUUACUAUGAUCAACUAAAAUUUGUUUGAUAUACGAAUUUUUAAAAAUAAGGGACCAGGACUUUAUAAAAAAAUCCUGAAUAAUUGACUGAAGCGUUAAAUUACAAUCCCUGACUCUACGCAUAGUCAAAUUUGUUUAAAACUCAAUUGUUCUAGGUGUAAACUUAUACCUACCAACUGGUGCGGUUUGCUUUAUUCAGAAGUGAACCAUAAUUUCAAAUGUUUUUCUUUUCAUAAAUAAAUUUGUAUUGUGCUGAUCGCCUUUUCUGUUUUUCAUAUCAGAAGUAUAAAAUACAUGUUUAUUGAAAUUAAAAGUUUAGUUUGUUUGUAUACAAAUAACUAACCAGUCAUCCAAAGAUUAAAUAUUCAAGCUAUUGAUUUAAAAAUACAUUUUAUUAUAUACAAACUUGUAACCCUGUACUGUAAUCAAGACAAACAUCAUUUAUUCAGAAGCAAAAUCUUGGAUAAUCACAACAGUUGCUAACAUUCAAUUUGAUUUGUGUGUUUCCUAAGAUUUUAACAACAUAAUGUAAAUAGUUUUUAAGACAACAUGACAAACAAGUAAAAAAUAGUCUUGUACUGGCAGUAUGAAAAAUGGUUUUAGUACAAGAAUUUACUGAUGAGAUUCAAAUGUGUGAAAAAAAAAUUUAAAAUCUGAGCAGUGUUUUUUUUUUACAAUGAGGAAUGCUAAAUAAUAACCAAUUUGUGACACUAAAGUAAUCUGUAUUUUACUUGCUAAAAUGUUUUGAUUUGAGUGAACAUCAUAUUAGUUAGAUACUGCCGGUUAUAUCAGUUUAAGAUUGAUUUUAAAAGGUACUUCAAGAACUUGAAAGUAACUACGCAAAAUAGAGUGAAAACCAUAAAUCAGAUUGCCUCUGUUGCUUUAAACUAUUUUCAAUAUUUUAAAUAAAUUGUUAAAUUUUAUUUUUUAAAUAUA